AUGGUGGGAAGAUUCUGCAACGGGGAACAAGUUGGGGAGCGUGCGACCAUUACAUCGUUGAUCAUUCAAAAAAUUCAUAUUCUCAGCAUUCAAGUGCUCCGAAGCAGCAUCUCCGAGCCAUGCUCCCGUCUAACUGUCUCUGUCAGUAAAUGUGGACAGAGUGCGGGUCGGUUCUCCGCAAAUCCGACCAAAGCCGAGUCGCCAUCAAAUGCUCCGAGUCGCCGCGCGAUGGAUAACUCUAUAUGUCUCUGUAGCUCGAUUCGGCUUCUAUCCAAGCAAUAUGACGAAGAACGAGCUAGAGAGUUGAUCCCUGCCCUCAACAGCCACCUUGAAGACGUCCGCCGACUCCUGGCAAAGUCAAAGGCACUGUCCCGGGACGUGCAGUAUCAAAUCACGCCACGCAACCAGCGGACGAACAAGGCCCUGUCCGUGGAUUCCAUUGACCUCGCGCCCGUCAAGCAGAUUUAUGAGGUCUUCAGCGAGAACGUCGAUGGCUUCUGGGUAGCCUCUGACGAUCGUGUCAAUGCCGACUUGCGUCGCCGGUUGGCUUGCAUAGUAAUAUUCCUGAGAUCCAAGUUGGAUCCUGAAGCCUCAGUUCCACCACAUAUCGCCAAGCCAUUUCACGGACAGACAAACUAUGCGGAUAUUCGUAAUUCUGGAAGAAAGUAUAUUCAAAUCGCCCGAAAAUUGGGUGGUCUGGGAUCGAUUCUCUGGCUCCCUUUAGACAUUCCGCCCUCCACUUAUGAGCGAUACCUGAACAUAGAUGAUGAGGAAGUCUUCAAUCAUUUACUAUCUCUUGCUCCGCAAGUCACGGAUCACGCGGACGUAGUACAACGUCUCAUUCUAAGUCAGCUACGUGAGCUUAUACCGGCAGCGGAUCAGCUGUUGCUCUUACUUCAAGCAUUCGGCGCGGUCGAAAUCCCUGAGGUCCUUCUUAAAGGUGUGCGAAGACCGCAGCGUCGAUGGAAUGCCGACGGAGAAAUAGACGCUGUCGAUGCCCACAAGUUUGGGCUUUCGAACGAGCUUGUCAGACUCAUUUCCGACGAUGUUGAGUAUUCAUGUGCCAUAGAGAGCCCUAAUAUCAUCAAACGCAGGUUGGAUAACGACACCCUGGCUUUGUCACUAUGCCCCGAAUUUUCUGUUUUCCUGUCCCGCGUCUUACGACCGAGGACUGUAGAAGAGCUAGGGGCAGUCGCUCUGAAGGUGCUUUGCUUUGUUUGUCCACCAUGUUAUGAGGGCAAUACGGACUGGUCUGAACCACUCAAAUUGGCCGCCUGGCCUAUCGUUGAGAAGACGACUAGAGCGUACAAAGUCCCAACACCACUUAGAACACAAGUCCUUGAGGCUAUUCUUUUCUUCUGCGAAAGGGAUUCAGUUGCCAUGCGCCAUGUUGCUGUGGACAGGGCUAGAUCAUUGUUGCGAAAGUCUAUGCCUUAUUAUCUCCACGCUACAGUUGUGCUCUUUCGCAGCGUUCUUUACCGCAAUGAUGGAGAAUUCACAAAGUCAGAGGCCCACAUACGCGACUUUGUAUGGCGUGGCCCACGACCUGUUACUCGGCGGGACCACUCACUCCAUGGACGGCUUCACAUAUCUCAGAUGGAGAACAAGAUCAAGUGCACUGACGAUGACGUCUCCCUGCUCAUCUACGAAUGGAAGGCGGAAUUACCGCUCUCAACUCUGGAUACCGAAGUGACAUUCCGACUCCAGAGCACAGCAGCGCGUUUCUUCCAAUCCAUCGGGAAUUUCGCCGCCGCCAGGGCUUCCCUCGAACAGACUCUCUCCCUUGACAUGACCAAACCGCUGCGGGGAAACACACGCCGACUAUUGGUGAGCAGACUUGCAGACAUGUAUUGCGAGAUGGAAGAAUACUCCAAAGCGGCUGAGAUUCUCCGGCCAGAGCUGAGUAGCUCGAACAAGCCCGAACUUUCACGUAGGGCCUAUCCGCGUCUAUUACUUUCAUCGGCAGAGUUCAAUAUCGGACUCGGAAACUUCGACGCAGCGGAACUACUACUCAGAGAGCUCGAGACACAACAUGCCACUCCGAUUGGUAUAGACACGCUCUUUGAUCAGCAGCUACACAUGCGUGCUGUCCUCGCUGUAGCUCGGAUAGCCCACUUCAGGUCGGAUAAGAACGUCGCCGUAGCACGAUGGAGACACGCCCUGCAAGAGAUUCAGCGUAUGCACGCUCUCAAAGCAGAAGCCGGCUUCACGGCGGCGACGAUACAUUUGUCCUUAGCUCACGCGCAGCUUGCCGCCGGCGAUGCAGUUGGCGCCUCAGCAUCUUGGGCUGCUGGAUCGGAGAUACUCAAGACUGAGACGUGCGAGUUUUGGCUUCCUAUUGUGCCGACCGUUUGGCUUAAGAAGGUCACGCGCGAGGUCUAUGAAGUUCAGGGCUGGACGUUUCGCAUGAUGCUACCAGGUGCCAAACCUGAUGCUACAACACCGUGA